CACAUUCUGAUUGUAGUUUGGCGCGUGUAGAUUUUGUUUUGAUUUUUCAUUUAAGUACUUUGUUGGCCCUUGCGUUGCGAUUGGAUACGAAAAGAUUGAUUUUUAUAAUUCAAUUGUAACAUGUAAUUUUUACUGAUGAAUUCAAUGCUUCAAUUGCAGAAAUGUUUAUUCAUAAAUGUGUACCUUUACCUAGUCUGGGUACCGGUUGUGGGAUUCUUCCUUUAUGUUAAGUUGGAUUUACUGGGACAUCUGACUAGAUACUUAUCUUUAACAGUUUACACGCUGCUGGUUGUUAUAGAGUCUGCAAGAUUAUAUCUAGGCCAGUAUGGGAACCUGUCUUGCCGGGUGCCAGAACUUGCGGGCUUCUUGAUGCUGUCAGUACUCAUGCAGUUGCCUCUUGUUAGUUUCUUUCUUUUUAAUCCUUACCUUCUAAGUACUCCGACAGAACUUGUUCUUCAUACAACAUUAUACUUGCUGACUGUAGCUGAAGUCGUUUUUAGUUUCAUAGCUUUGAAAAAGGCAUCAUGUUUAGCAAAAAGUAUUUACUUGACACACAAAAAUUGAGACUGUUAACAUUAUUUUCUUCCCUCUUGGUAAGAUGAAAUAAAUAAAUGUGACACAAUUAAAAAUAAAUAA